GUUUUUGUAUGAAAACUCGAACGGAUACUGGAGAGAAAGUUUUCAUAAACAUCUGUCACUCUGAAGAUGUGCCAGAACCUAAAGAUCUCUCAGAUGAUGAGCUUUUGAAAGUGCUGGAAUCUGAAGAUCCAACUCAGUUUAGAAUACCUAUGAGUAUUGGCGAGCCUCAUGUGGAAUUGGAUAAAACUGGUGGAGGUUGUACAGCCUAUGAUGUUAUAGUCCACUCAAACUUCCUCAAGAAGAUGGACAAGAGCCAGUUGUUCAAGACCUUCUUUUUGACCAUUAUGUGCGAAGGAAUAGAGGAAAAGUACAAUAUCUUGCUCAAAAGAGACUGGAUUUUCUUAAAAAACAGAAAAUUUGUUGGCAAAUUGGCAGAGCAGAAUGUUCGAACCAAAUCAAAACCUUUGAUCAUGGACAUGGACAGUGUUGGAGAUCAGCUUCCUGAAGAACAGCCCGAAAAGCGAAAUUUAAUCACGGAAGUUCAAGAACAUGAAGAAAUGCUGAUUAAAAAGGCACCUGAACCAAAAUUCACCAUCAUCCAAGAGCCACACGAGGGCUAUCCAGAAUUCCUGGUCGCAGAAAUUCACUUACCAAAUAUUAAAACUGCACAGUCGCUGACCUUGGAUGUUGGUGAAGACAGGCUGUUGCUAACAACUCGAUCCCAUGUGUACCAUCUGGAUAUAUUUCUGCCCUUUGACCUGAUCAGUGAAGAAUGUGGUGCUCAGUUUGACAGGGUGUCCAAAGUAUUAACAGUCACAAUGCCCGUUAAGCCAGCAUCAUGA